GUAACAUAAGCACUAGUACUUUACAAUCGGUAUCAGUCGCGAUCGUUCAGCCGGAGCUAACACAUACAAUUGAACAAUGGCUUUCCGCGACGUUUUUCUUUUGGCUAUUCUGUGCUUGCCUUUGAUUUAUUGUAAAUCGGUACAGAAGUUAACGUGUAAGCAAAUAAAACAGUUCGUGGAUGGUCACAACUCAAGACGUUUUCUGUUGAGCCAAGGAAAAGUUCCGGGACAGCCUGCUGCAGCUGAAAUGAAGUAUAUGGUUUGGGAUGACGAACUAGCCGCUAAAGCUGCAAAAUGGGCAGCUGAAAACCACAACUAUCACAACCCUGACAAUACAGUUGGUUCGGGCAGAUUUAGAACCGGUGAGAACUUAUACUGGUAUUCUACGACGGACCGCAGCUUCAAGCUGAACGUGGGCAGCGCUUUAGAUGCUUGGUGGGAUGAACACAAAGAUUACCGUUACGGACCUCUGAAGGCGAGCGAUUUUAGCAGCAGCGUGCAAAUAGGUCAUUACACACAGGUACGUACCUACCAUUUAAUAAAUAAAAUAUAUAUAACUUUACCUGGUGGU